AAAUGGCGUGCCGGCCCCCUAAGUCACCGGAUCGGCGGCAGCUGCUCGACCCCCAGAGCUAUUUUCACCCUCAGGAUAAAGUGGUGUUCAGCGAGCCGCCCGCACGGCCCAGCAGCUCCAGUCACGCCGCAGCAGAGUCAGGAUGAAGUCCACCGGCGGCGAGCGCACCGUGCAGCCAGACUGCUUCACCUCAGACCUGGAGGACCUGGACAGCGCCAGCAACAGCUCCGACGGCGGCUGCACGCCGCGCAGGGAGCCGGGGCAGGUGGUCCAGGAGGAGGGAGCCCCGAAACGAAGAAGGAGACGGAGAAGGAGCAGCGGAGGAGACGCGCGUCUGCCCGGCGUGAGCAAACAGAGGCAGGCGGCCAACGCGCGGGAGCGGGACAGGACGCACAGCGUGAACACGGCCUUCACGGCGCUCCGCACGCUUAUCCCCACCGAGCCCGCCGACAGGAAACUCUCCAAGAUCGAGACACUGCGCCUGGCCUCCAGCUACAUCUCCCACCUGGCCAACGUGCUGCUGCUGGGGGAGGACUGCCUGGACGGACAGCCCUGCCUGCGCUACCAGAGCAUCCUGCACGGCCCCGCCGCCCUCAACGCGCCCUCCCUGCGGCCCAUCUGCACCUUCUGCCUCAGCAACCAGAGGAAGCUGCUCAGAGAUGGAGCGAAACACUCAGCUGCUGUGUGAAACUUCUUGGCACCAGACAGGCGAGGAGUCCACCACACCGUGGUGUUGUUUACAUGUAGGACUUUGUACAUAUAUAUAUAUAUAUAUGAAUAUAAAUAUCUUUAUUUUUGGACGAGACGAGAAAACUAAGGACAGAUUUAAACACUGAAAAGCACUUUCUGUUCACGCUCAUGUGCUUCUGGAGCCUCUGUGUUUUGGUUGAACUGUAACCUGAGCCGAUGUGUAAAGUAGCACCUGACGUGGGGCUAUUUUGGUCCCACCAAUAGUACAAACUACCCCUUGGACACCCCACCACCCCAUGUCUGACCUCUUAAAAAAAAACAACUAAAAAAUAUAUAUAAAUAUAAAUAUAUCCUCAUCACCUUCCGUCACAUGAAGGAAAUUGAAGAGCAGCUGCUGUAGUGGUUGCUGUCAGUUCAGUGUUACCUUGCGCUUUAAAGGGGCAUUAACUGAUGCGUUGCCUUUAGUAGUGAACAGUGGGAACUGCAACAAUGCUCACAUACAUGUGAAAAAAAACUGCAUGUCAAUAUCUCAGGACUUUAAUCCCCCAGAAGUACAACAGUCAGUGAAGAUGUUGAAAUUUACACACUGGAUUACACUGCUGUUUCCUUACUCCACUCUUCUUAUGUCUACCUGGUUAAUUUUUGAGUAUAUUUUUCGUAAAGUGAAAAUGUUCAAGAAAACCUUAUAAUGAGUUGAUCCCAGCAUGCAAAGCACUCUGGAAAAUCCUUUUGUUCCUUCCCAAAUGCCACCAUUUUAACAGAUCACAUGGAGAAAGCCAUGUCUCCUAAAGGAAAAGUGGUCUGUUAUUCAUUUGACAUUUUACAAUAAUAGACCAGAUUAUCUGAAUAGUAAUGAUCUGAGUAUGAGGAUGUGUAUCCCACCUCUGCUAGCUGGUAUAGAUUCCAGCUGCCCCACAACACUGAAUUGGAUGAGCGUACAAGAAUGGAUGGAUGGUGCUUAAAAUUUGCAGAUCCUGAAGAAAAGUUAUAUUUACUGUAUCUGAAGUGUCAUGGAUUGGUGCAUCCCUAUAGAAUAGGUCAGUAAAAAGAUAGAGCUAUCCUUUUCAAAGUUUCUGUUGUGUUUUGUCAACAAGCUGCCAUCAGCACCGGUGACUGACUGAUGGUACUUUGUUUGACCCUAGAAGCUUUGUGAUGCCAAGCUUUUUUUUUUUUGGCACUGAAAAGAAUUAUGAAUGUGGACUAAAGUCAGACUCUGCAGUUUUUUUGCUGCCAUCUUUCCAGGACAAAGUACUUCCUUUGUGGGAUAAAAUAUCCCAUUAAACACAAGAGUGUCGUUUAGUUCUAUGGGAACUUAGUGAAGGAUCGGUUGAGUUAUUUUCAGCGUGCUUUGCAUGAUUUCACAAAAUUGGGAGGUUAAUUCCAGUUAAUCUGAAUACACUUAGAUACUGAAGGACAUUUAGCAUUAAAACGGUUUCCUGAAAUAAGCAGUGUGUUCUUAAUUUGAAGGUCCAGUUGGAAACUUCCUGGUAACUGUAUCUGCGUCAGAAGUUAUGUUUUUGGCCUGAUUUCAAGAUAAAGUUCUUUGCGUAAAUGUUUACUUUUGCAUUGUUACACGGUUUCCUCAUCACUGUAAAAACACUGUGCGAUAGGCCUCCUUUUGCUCUAAAUUGGAGCGUAUUUAAUCCUUCUCAAUCAGCUGGAUCCAUCGAUUUUUAUUGUUCCAGCACUAAACUAUGACUGGGAGAUGUUACACACUACCUCAUAUCUGUGUUUUGAAAUAUGAAGGCCUACCUCCAAAUCCAAUGAGUAAGAAGUACUUGAAUACCUGACAACUUGUGUUCUUUGCACAUCGCACAUACUGAGAAGCUGCUCGAAGAGAAAAAUGUAUUUUUGUACAAUAAAAAUAAAAACAAUGAUAUCAAAA